AUGUUGGUGGGAGCUAACAUUUACAAUCCGGGGGUUUAUUUCCCGGGUUUCGUGCAAGCCCCGGUGAAAAUGGCUCAAAGCGGGCAAGAGUCGAAUGCUAGUACGAUGCCGUCUACGCCGGUCCAUUCGGUGAAUGAUACUAAGCGUGGGUCGCCCUUGACGCCAGCGGAGCGGACGGGCGCGCCGCCCGGCGCCGGCAAGGACGCGGUGAAACUUUUCAUCGGCCAAAUACCCAGGCAUUUGGAGGAGAAGGACCUCCGCCCGAUGUUUGAGGAGUUCGGCAAGAUUUAUGAGCUAACCGUGCUGAAGGAUAAACACACGGGCAUGCAUAAAGGUAAUUUGCCACUUUGUUGA